GUAGCAUUCCUUCUAUAUCUUGUCAGAACUAUCUGUCCCUGCUUAGAACAAGCGAUGAAAUAAAUGCAGGAAUGGUUAAAUAAAUGGACAGCAGGCCUUAGCAAUUCAAUUCCGUAACAAUUUUAUUUUGGAAAAUCUUUACCGGAAGUCUAAGUUUUAUUCCGCCUAACUUGACAGUGGUGGGUUUAGACUGUGGGCAACCUCAGACAGGUGGAGGAGACGUCCUUAAGCAGCUGAACUGCACCGCGGUUGGACUUGAUCGGGCAGGACUGGGCUGGGCUGCAGGACGAGCAGCGGUGGACGCUGUGCACGCUCGGUGCGCGGAUCCUCCUGCAGCUGCUGGAUUCACAGUAUGAUACCGAACCCAAAACAUGGUUUGGCUGAUUUUGCCAUCCUGAACCUUUGCAAACAUGCUGGACACUUAAAUGUGGACUCGGGGAGAACGAGGGAUGUAGCUGCAAUGGAUUAAUGAGGAGUACACAUGGAUUUCGAUUAUUUCCCUGAGAUUAUUGUCUUGUAAUAUACAUCACCCUGCCUUGGCUAUGGAGAACCAAGCAGCCGAGCCUCAGAACUAUGAAGAUGUACAGAAAAGCGGCUAUCUCCGCAAGCAUAAAUCAAUGCACCGGCGAUUCUUCGUGCUGAGGGCGGCCUCGGAGCAUGGUCCUGCUCGACUUGAGUAUUAUGAGAACGAGAAGAAAUUUCGCAGUAAAUCACCUGUGCCCAAAAAAGUCCUGAACCUGGAGACUUGCUUCAACAUCAACAAGCGGGCAGAUUCCAAGAACAAGUACAUGAUAGUCCUUUAUACCCGCAGCGAGAGCUUUGCCAUCGCUGCAGACAGCGAGGAGAUCCAAAAUGAGUGGUACCAAGCAAUGCUGGACCUUCAGUGCAACUGCAAAACCCCUGAAGACUACGGCAGUAGUGGAGAGUGUAGCUCUCCAUCUCCUGUUCCCACAUUCAAGGAAGUGUGGCAGGUCAAGGUUUGGCCUAAAGGCCUUGGACAUGCCAGGAACUUAGUGGGCAUCUACCGGCUGUGCCUAACUGACAAAACAGUGAACUUUGUCAAACUCAACUCUGAUGUGGCAGCGGUGGUGUUGCAGCUGAUGAAUGUUCGCAGAUGUGGUCAUUCAGAGAAUUUUUUCUUCAUCGAGGUGGGUCGCUCAGCAAUAACUGGCCCUGGAGAGUUCUGGAUGCAGGUGGAUGACUCUGUGGUGGCUCAGAACAUGCACGAGACCCUGCUGGAGGCCAUGAAGGCCCUAAGUGAGGAGUUUCGUCAGCGCAGUAAAUCUCAGUCUGUGGGUACAUCGUGUGGAGGUGGUACUGCUUCAAAUCCCAUCAGUGUCCCGAGUCGUCGUCAUCAUCCAAAUCUGCCACCAAGCCAGGUGGGCUUCUCCAGACGAGCCCGCACAGAGACUCCUGGAACUGGAGCCAGCAGCACGAGCACCUCACCUACGUCACGCCAUGGAUUCCCAAGAGCACGAACUGCCAGCAUCGGAGCCAGGUCAGAAGAGGGUGGAGCAAGUGCCAAAGGGACAUGGGCCAGCUCCAGCCCAAGUCUUAAUGGUUCCUGCUCAACUACGCCAACACUGAGGCCCAAGCCCACCAGGGCUCCAACUCCCGCCAAGAUUACCCUCAGCCUUGCACGUUACACACCUAACCCUGCUCCCUCUCCUGCUCCGAGCCUGUCCUCCAGCUCUGGUCAUGGAUCAGAGUGUGGCCUAGUGGGGGCAGCAGUGGGAGGAAUGACAAUCUGCUCUUACCCUCGCGUCUCUCAGAGAGUUUCUGUUUCGGGUUCGCCUAGCGAUUACGGAUCCUCUGAUGAAUAUGGCUCCAGUCCUGGGGAACACUCUCUUCUUGUGCCCAGUCUGUCAGGUCAUCAUGUACACGGAGAAGGCUCCUCCAGUUAUAUAGUGAUGGGGCAACGAGAGGGUCUCCUUGGUUCCCAUCAUCGCUCAAAAGGCCGGCGGAUUCUGCGUCGGGCAUCCAGUAGAGAAUCUGAGGCAGAACGCAGACUUCUAAGUAAGAGGGCCUCCCUGCCUUUGGCAGCCCAUGAACCGCUGACCCCACAUAGAAAAGAUGAAGAUGAUGAAGAUGACGAAGAAUAUGCCAUCAUGUCACAGAGUGCUAACCGAGAGGGACCUGAUUUGCACCACGGCUCAGGAGCUCUGGCAGUUGGGGGUGGGCACCAUCAUGUAGUCGGGGAGAACAGGAAGCGGAGUGACAAAAGCAGGGGAGACGUUGACUCAGGAGCAGCUGUGGAUAGUGGCUAUAUGUCAAUGUUGCCUGGGGUGACGUCUCCUCCUGUUUCACUCUCUCUCUCGAUAGGUAUGCCUGAUGCUGGCGCGAAACCUGGCGCAGAUGAUGAGUACAUGGCUAUGACCCCCAACAACAGUGUGUCCCCCCCUCAGCACAUUCACCAGCCCAGCUCAGAGGGCUACAUGGUCAUGUCUCCCAAUAGCAACAGCUCUACAGACCUGCACAGACUGGGCAUGUGGGAUAGCAGGACCAGCAUGGAAAGUCGGGCUGCCAGUGACUACAUGAACAUAUCACCUGUCUGCAGCCGCUCCGCCUGCAGCACACCACCCUCCCACCCCGAGCAGCACCAACUGCAACCAAAAAUGUUCAAUUCCUACUUUUCCCUGCCGCGAGCUUAUCAACAUACUCUAUAUACUCGCUUUGAGGACGACUUAAACAAAGGAGAAGGAAAAAAAGACAGCAGUGGGCCUGAGAGUGCUGGAAGGGGAGGGGGAGUGGGAUACAGCAAGAGAAACAAAAUUACAGUGGGCUCUGCAGGAGGCUGUCAACUCUCCAUGUCUUCCUCUUCUUUCUCCUCCAGCUCAGCCAGCAGUGAAAGCCUGGAAGACAAGUCCAUAUCAGCAGGGAGAGGGUUAAGUUUAUUAAGAGCUGGAGCAGAGUACAAGAGUGCGGGAACGUGCACAAAAGAAGGGCGUCACCAUCAAAAACGUGGCUCGAGUAGCAAGAGCCCAAAGCAACAAAGGAGGGGUCGUCCCCUCAGCGUGUCUUCAGACAUUACUAAAGCAAACACCUUGCCCAGGGUGAAGGAGAAUUUGUUGCCAUCAGUGUCUCAAAACGUUGGUGAGUAUGUCAGUAUUGUGUUCAAGGAGGACAAUACGUAUGACGAAGGUCGACGUACGGGGUCUAAACAUGGACAACCUGUGCUCCAUGGAACACUCAGGCCCAUGAAUCAACCGCUUCUCUGCCAAGAUAAUCCUGCUAACCUUCCCCGCAGCUUCUCCGCUCCGUUGUCCACCUCUGCCGAAUAUGUCAGCAUGGAUUUAGGGAAGACCUCGACUCCCCUGACUCCUGUUAGAUCCACCUUCAGCAGCCCACAGGCCCCACCAGCCGUUGCCCCCAAGGCCCACCAUGAACAUGGCACGUCCUCUCCUCUGGCAGCAGAGGCCAAUGCUGGGUACAGAACAAAAGUAAAGAUGGCAGCAAUGCCAACAGAUGCCUCUACUACAUUUAUGGACAACAAAGGUUCAGAUCCCAGCAUUUCAGCAAGACCUGCCAUCCACUCUGGCCAACAAUUGUCCAUGGAACAGGAGACAGGGUUGGGCUUUUCCCCAGUCAAAUCUUUCCAGUCCCCUGAGCGGGGCAGCAGAUUAGUCCGAAGUGACCCGCAGGGACGGCAGAGCCACCGCUCGGAGACAUUUAACUCACCUCCCUCCCUACCACGCCACCAACCCUCUUCUACCUCCCUCUUCCCAGAGGGCAGCCAGGCAGCGAGCCAUCGGCAUGGUUUGGAUUGCUCACUGUGGGAGAACAGACAGGCAGCUAGUUUAUCUGCCACACCUCCACCACAAGCCUCCACCUCAUCUGCUGAACAAGGCCUUAACUAUAUUGACCUUGACUUGGCCAUUAAGGAGAGCACUCAAGCUGGAGUGGAGCGGACCUCCGCCGCCUACAACAUAGGAGGAAGUUCGAUGGGCAGCAGUGCUGGCUCCAGCCUCAACACUUAUGCCAGUAUUGAUUUCUACAAGUCAGAAGAACUGAGAGCACACCAGAACAGUAGAAAGGAUGGUCAAGAUUGUUGAUCUCAGUCUUGGUCUUGGAUCUGAGCAUGACUCCGGUGUCACAGCUCCACACUCACAGUCUGCGAGGGGACGGUCGGCGGCCCGAUCUGUUGCCAUAACAGAACUACACACUCGAGUCUGAACGCUGAAAACCUCGGAAAACUCAUCCUGUCUGCUGUUUUCUGUCAACCAAAUGUGUGCCAAACACACACACACACACACACACACACACACACACACACAGGAAGGAAAAUGUUUUGUUUUUUCCUUUGUUUUGAAUAAAAAUGGCAUGUGAUCAUCGUUUUACUUAUUAUAAAGGAUGACAAUUUGAUGUGUGUGAGCUCUCAAGUAGCCAUUAUGUUGAUCACAGUGGCUCCAUCACACACGAACAUGCAGACGAAGUCAUAGAUUAACAAAGCUUUCAGGGAGUCACACAAAUGACGGAACAAAAAGUCCAUCUAUGUAUCUUGGCUUAAAACACAUUUGCUUUGUUAUCGGAGCAAUAUAUUGAACUUUUGUAAAUCAAGGCUCAGUGGCAGCUGGGACAGUCUCAGCUGUGUUUAAAGUGUUUAUUAAAACACGAAUCCUCAAGGUUUGAGGUUUUCUGUAUGGUCACAUCAUCCUUUGUUCAUAUUGGAUAAGUCUAAUGAUCAUCAGGUGUCAUUUUGACUCAAAAUAAGAGGGAAUGCAGCUUGGCAGAGGUUUCAUGCACUCAUACACACUGUCACUGUUAACAUAUUUGAUUUAUUAUACACAGUUGCCUAAAAAGCCUUUAUACUUCGUGACCAGUUUUCUUGUGCUACUGAGGAGCUUCAAAAUGUGUUUAACUUCUAAGACGUAAUAAAGCACAGUUUAUGAAAUGAACAAUGAAAUAUUGUUACACAAAUUAAAUUUAGACAGAAAUUUUUAUGUCUUCUGUCAGUUUCACACAAGAAGAAAAUAUUUGUGUGAAAAUCCCACACAUCUUAUGCAAUCUUUGUGAAAUCCACAGGAGUGUAAACUGCAUUAAAUAGGAUAUCAUACAGUACGAUUACAAUGUAAUUUUCACAUAGCAGUUGACAUCACUGUUGUAUUUGAGCUCAGAGCUGAUCUUUAGGUUGCAGCUGAGGGAUGAGAACAAUGGCUCUUUUUAUCAUCCAUUCAAAAUUGUCAUAAUGUAAUUCUGUGUUUUUCUACACAGAAUUAAAUUUUAUCCCCAAAAGAUCCACAUGUGAACUCAUGCAGGAUACAUGUUUAUACAGCUCCAGCUUUGAUUAUGUGUAAACUAAACAUGUCAUGUCAUGUCCUGUGGCUGACUCUCAAAUGGUGCCAGUAUGAAAAUCUAGUCAUUCCUGUGGUAUUUUAGGGUAUUUGGUGAAUUGACAUAUAGGCUGCUUAAAGUAAAUUUUAAGUGAUAGCCCAUCUGCCUGGUAUAUAAACACACAGUAGGUAUUCUGUUUUUCUAUCUCUGCUUAUUCAUUAGAAUAUUAAACAAAAUUACAACGUAAAAGUAAUUUCUGUUGCAGAAUAAACUGACCAUAGAGAAAGAAUUCAAACUUUCAAUAUCUGAAUCUCAAAACGUUUUUCGCUGGAUUCACAUAUUCUGCAUUUAUAUUGCACCUAAUAUGCCACAGGGAAAAGUGACGUGAAGGCCACAGGUUUCAUGCAGCAUGAGAGCAUUUUAGGAAAAUGAUUGAUAUCAGACAUAGAAAAGGCACCUAGAUACUGAGCAAUGCAUUUAUUUAAUAAUUGCGGUAUGCAAUAUCAAACAAUAUAUCAGCCUAAUCACUCUGGCUACAAACACACAGUGAGGACAAUAAUUAGACUGUAUUUGUGUAAAUAGAGAUGUGCUGAAGGGAUCUGAUAAUAGGCUUGUUUUUGAGGGGAACCUGAAUACUGCAGUUUUGUCAA